GGCAACACUGGUGGUGGGUUGCACUAAAAGAUACGACAUGUAACAAGAUGGCGAUGAAUUGAUGAACCGCCGAGUUAACGUGAACGUCUGUCGUACUUGUGUGAUCAUUGACAAUUUAUAAUAAACUCGAUAAUUAAUUUAUUACAGCUAGCAAUGGGUUCCUCUGAUUUGGAGUAUCUUGACUCAAAGCGCGAUGUACAAAGCUUCGAUGAUGACUCUGACAUUGCGGAGCAGAGGAAAAAGAAGAAGAGAAAACACAAACACCAUAAACAUAAAAAGGAUAAAAUUGGAGAUAGGGAGAGAGAUGAAGUCAAAUCAGAGCGCCAGGAGAGGAAAAAACAUAAAAAACACAAGAAGCCUCGAAAAGAGCGUGAGCCAGAAAAUGGAACCUCUGAAGAGAAAAUUCGUCAUGUUACGAAAGACGUGCCCAGAGUUAAUGGUAAACUCGAUCACGUCAUGGAAAUUCCAUCCACCGAGAGCGAAGACGAGAAACUCGUCGACCUGGACUCUGAUGAGGUCGACUGCACGAUAAUCGAGGAUGACAUCGACCUAGAGGAGCUGAUGAAGCAGAAAGAGCGGCUGCAAGCCCGUCUAGUGCAAUACCUCUCAGACGAGUCGGACAAGACUGAAAAGGAGCCAGAGCCCGAGGACGCCCUAAAACCCGACACUCCAGAUGUCAUAGUAGUCGAGGACGACAGCGCCGACGAUGUGUCCCCUAGGAAGAAACGUUACAGGAGCAGAUCUGGGAGCCGAGAGCGCAAGAAGAUAAAUAAGAUCGAGCGCCGAGUUGUGAUCGAUAUGACGCGUGACAAUAAGAAACUGAAGGAGGACUCCAAGGAUAAGAAAUUAGAGAAAAGACGGGAGGAAAAGGUUCGCCCUAAGGAAGACGUCAAAAGGGACGAUAAGAAGCCUGAGAAAUCCAAUCGGAAACAACUUGACAGAGAAAAAUCAAAAGAGGAUACCAGGAAGGACGAGCUUCGUAAGAAAAUUGACGAAGAAAAGCGAAAAGACUCGAGACGAGAUUCCCCGAGGAAGCGAGAUCACGAGCACAUGGAUGAUCGUAAACGUGAGGCUGAUCACUCGUUGAAAUCUAGAGAGACAAGGAAUGACCGGAGAUUCAGUAAGGAUCGAGAACGAAGAAGCAAAGACAGAAGCUCUCGUGAUCGUCACAGCAGUCGAGAUAAAAUUGAUGGAAGAGACCUGCACAGUAGCAGAGAUGGAUUGAUCUCUCGUGAUCGUCAUGGAUCGAACAGAGACAGAGAGAACAGUCGAGAUCGUCGAGACAGCAGGAAUUACGAUAGACCUCGUGAGCGCUCCAGAAGCGCUCGAAGAUCGCGUUCGCCACGUCACAGGGGCGAUCGGGAAAGAAACGAAAGAUGGAGAAGGUCUCGAUCGAACUCUCGAGGUCGAAGAGAUAAUCGACAUGGGAGAGAUGACAGGGACAGAGAGAAGAAUGGAAAACGCGAGAGGAAUGAUAAAUACAAAGAUUCUUUGUCAGAGGGACUGAAGAUCGACAAAUCGGAAAGCUCCAGUGAAGAGGAGAUCAAAGAUAUUGAUAUCGAGGAGGAGGAGGACGAGGAGGCAAUCAUCGAGCGCAGGAGAAAACAGAGGGAGGAAUUGUUGAAGCGACUGGGAGGUCCAGCAGAGGAUUCAAAUCUUUCCGCUGAUAUGAGCAUCACUGCCGCGUCUCCUCGCACUGUCCAGUCGAAUUCAUCCCCAAAAUCUGUGGAAGUGGUGAUGAAUAACAACGAGUCAACCUCUGAGAGUCACACACCUCCUUUGCCCAGGGAGAAAUCACCGCAGUCUAUCAAGAGACGAAAGUCCAGAUUCGAUGAUCCACCUGAGGACAAGGAGAAUAAGGAAACAUUCGAGGAGAAGGAGAAGAAUAAUGGCAAGGAUGAGAAAACCAUCUCCAAGAAGGCUAAUGAGUGGGACAUGUUCGCUGAGGCUGAUAACAUCACCGAUUUUAAUAGCCCCACGGUUGAGGGGAAGAGACCUGGGGGACCCGAUAAUCCGAGCUUAACUGAUAACUGGGAUGAUGCUGAGGGCUAUUAUAGAGUUAGGGUUGGGGAGACACUUGACUCGCGGUAUGUGGUUUAUGGGUAUACUGGACAGGGUGUGUUUAGUAAUGUUGUCAGGGCUAGAGACACUGCCAGGGGGAAUAUGGAUGUUGCUGUGAAAAUUAUUAGAAACAACGAAAUCAUGCAUCGGACUGGACUGAAGGAAUUGGAAGUCCUCAGGAAGCUCAACGACGCUGACCCAGAGGAUCGAUUCCAUUGUUUGCGUUUAUUCAGGCACUUUUUCCACAAAAACCACUUGUGCAUGGUGUUUGAACCACUGGCAAUGAAUUUGAGAGAGGUCCUGAAGAAAUACGGAAAGGAUGUUGGGCUGCACGUGAAAGCUGUACGUUCGUACACUCAACAACUGUUUUUGGCAUUGAAACUGCUGAAACGUGCUAAUAUUCUUCAUGGUGAUAUUAAACCCGAUAAUAUUCUAGUCAGCGAGACGAAGCUCGUGCUGAAGCUUUGCGAUUUUGGAUCGGCCUCUCAUGCACACGAGAAUGAGGUCACGCCAUAUCUUGUCUCCAGGUUCUACCGCGCUCCAGAGAUCAUUCUUGGUAUCCCUUAUGAUUUCGGAAUUGACAUGUGGUCUGUGGGCUGCACCAUCUACGAGCUCUACACCGGAAAAAUCAUGUUCUCAGGCAAGACAAACAAUCAAAUGUUGAAAUUUUUCAUGGAUCUCAAAGGAAAAAUGCCGAACAAAUUAAUAAGAAAGGGAACAUUCAAGGAGCAGCAUUUCGAUUCAAACUGCAAUUUCCUUUAUCACGAAGUCGAUAAGGUCACCGAGCGGGAAAAAGUGGUGGUGAUGUCGACUCUUCCAGCGAGUCGUGAUCUUGGGACCGAGCUCGGAGGCAAUUCACUGCCAGCCGAGCAAAAUCGUAAAGUUGGUCAGCUGAAGGAUCUCUUGGAGCGCACCUUAAUGCUGGACGCUGGCAAGAGAAUAACAGUCAACCAUGCACUGGCCCAUCCAUUUAUACAAGAAAAAAUCUAGGUAACCCCUAGUGCCCGAGGAAUUCAUCGCGCACGGAGAGUUAUCUCAGUGGGAUUAAUAACGUAAUUCUUUAAUGUUGAAUUUCGAAACAUUUUUAAUGUUGAGUUUUUUAUCUUCAAAUUGAGCUGAACAUUUCACGCAAGACAAGUCGAUAAUUUUUUUUGGGGGGGGGAAAGAUUAAUUUACUGGAGUGCUUGAGAUGAUUCGUAUUUUAAAUAAUUAUUUUAGUUAUCAAUUGAAUUGCAAAUUGAAUUGAAUCCCGUUUUCUUUUGCUGUGGGAAUUCACUCUACUCUAAAAUUAAUUAAUGAAUUUGGGGUGAAAAUAAAUCAAUUGAGCAUAAUCAUGGAUAUAGCUACUAGAAUAUAUGAGAUAUAUAUGCAUAUAAAAGUAAAUGUUUUCUCUUUAUAUCUAUUAUCACCAGAGAUCGCGAAUUUUCACAGUAAUGGUAAAUAUUGUUCAAUGGAUUUUUGGUUUCUUAUAAUUUAUACCACCGUACGUCAUGUCGCACGGCGGUUCAUUCAAUUUUUCGUUCAAUUAUUUUGGGAGACGAUUACCAGUGUUGCCGAAUUGUUGAUUGCUACGUUCAUAGGAGAACAUAAAAAAAAAUUUAUGACACUGAAUACCCACGCGUUUACACAAUCUUACGAGGAAAAUAGAGGAUAUGAAAAACUACAUGACUCAUUUUAUCACAUAAAAACCACACAGCAUGCGGACGCAAAACUACACUAGAAAAUUAAAUGAAAAAUCGAUAGAAAGAAGAAAUUGGUGUACUAACAUCUGAAGAGGACGAUGAAAAUUGUAUAGUAAUUAGGCUUGUAGUUGAAAUAAAAGGCUUGGAUGAUUGA